AUGACGAAGUCACUUUGGGAGUGGCUUUCUCCGACAUGCAUGGACACCAGAAGGAAACGGUGCCGACGACCCACUCAUUCAAGAAGAUCUUGGACCUCGCCUGUUUCGACCAGGCUACCAUGACAGAGGAGAUUGUGGAUCCCGGUUGCAAUGUCACCAUGAGGACGAAGAAGGCCUUGCACGAGCCCGUCUACCAUCUUUGCGAGACGGCAAAAAAUGUGGACAUCAAGUGGUUCGCCCUGACCGAAACCUACCAUAUCGUCAAAGCCUCCGUGAGCGUCCUGAUGGAAGAUGACGACCUGCCGGUCCUGCCAUGCGUGAUCAGGAACUCCAAGUACUGCGCGGAGUAUGAGGUGCUGUACAAGACCGAAGAUGCAACUGCAUUCUGCAUGGCCUGGGAUACAGCGACGGAGGGCGUGGGCUACGGAAUUGCACUCUCGCUUUCGGACAAGCCUGAUGAGGAGAACCCCAUGAUUGGCUUCCGAGGCUGUGGCCGCAACACUGGCCCGUUCUUUGAGGAGUGUCUUACCAUGGAGGUGGAAGCCGUUAAACUGGUGCGGCGCGAGAUGGGCUGGAAGAAUGUGGAGAACAUGAUCCGGUUCGUGCGCACUCCGGACAUGGCCAAGGAUGUCACCGAGGUGCUGGAGAAGAAUG